GGGCUGAAUGAAUUCAAUUAAAGGCUCAAAACUGACAACUGGUGCUACUGCAUACUACGUAGUUCAAACCUACUAUAUGGCUCCACAUCUCCACCACGUCCCUCCGUCAAAGUCUACAACUGGGGUUGGGGUGCAACCUGCAACUAUCAAAUCCGAAAGUACUGAGACAGCUGUCCAAUUGUUCACUGGCAACGGUUUAGAUGCUGUAUCUGUCAGAGUUCACCUGAACUCACAGAUUCACACCGAGGAUAUCGAGCAGUUUGUGCGGUUCGGAUUUGAUGAACAAGUCAAAAGCCUUGCGACUCGUUCGGGGUUUCAAGUAGCAAUGGUCCAAGACAUCUACAAACAUGUUAGCAACUUCAAACGGUUGAAGAAAGUUAUCAGGGCCAUGCGUGCCUCUGCAAUAGAGCGCGCUAAAGCCGAGAUUGAAGCGCAGGAGAUGGAGGACUUGUAUGCCAGCGAGUCUGACUCGGAGGAUGACAGGGGCAAGAAUGACGGAGGAAAGGACAAAUGUAUUAACUAUUGAAUUGUAUUGAACCGAAAUUUCCAGAGUCGGAGAGUUCGGAGAGGUCAACGUAAGCACUGGACGGUGUCUUAGGGCAUCACAGACCUCUCAGGGCCUGUACUGUCGAGACGGCGAGCAAAUAUCUGCUGCUUUUGGAGCAUCACUGCAUCAAUAAAGACCUCUCAGGGUCUGUACCGUCGAGACGGCAAGCAAAUGUCUCGAGACUGCUCCUUUCAAAGUUCAAACAACCCCUUCGCGAGACCUCCGAUCUCCGACAGAGCGACCCCUUCGCAGCUUCCCGCGCGCCUGCGGCGCGAGGACCCCUUCGCAUGACCAUAUUUUCGGGAAGGG